AUGGACACCGUGCAACACCCAAGCUCCUCUGCUCAUUUUGUUUUCUCUGCCUCACCGCUGAUAACGGCGACGAAGGACGUUGCAAUUGUUACACGGCCUCUGGGCAAGGCUGUGGUAGACGAGUUGACUCCCACUGCCGUUGACUGCCUAGGGUUCUCCUUUAACCUGGGUUUCCGGGAUGCAGACACAAAUCAACGCAGCGCAGGUCGUCACUAUGCCAGCAACGGCGCCUUGUCAAACCGUCGCCUCAGCCCUGCAAACGGCCUAAAGCCACACAGCCUAAACACACGGCAGAAGGCCACGGCGGCACAGCCAUCGCCGUCGCAGCCACACCUCAAUGCUCUGUCCACUAGCUACACCAUUGACCCUAACCCCAUUCUCCUGUCCAGCACAGCAACACUGCGCCAACCCGAUCCGGAGAGUGCAUCAGUGAACGAAGACACGGAAGCCAUUGUAGUGGUCGUGCCGGGGCAGCGACCCACGGGCGUCAGUGCUUCGGAGAGUCGGCCCCUCGCAGCUGACGGGGUUUCGACCGCCAGCGGCGCGCCGGCUGCUGACGGCACAUCAGCGUCCGGGAUGCAGGAUGGACCCAGCGGGCAGCUGCCGUCGCCAUCGCCAGCGGCCGACGGCGGUGGUAGCGACAGCGGAGGUGGCCGUAGUGCCGCCCCAGUCCUGCCUGGCCCGCCCGGCGGCGGCGGCUGCCACCACUUGGGCCCGGGUCUCGCGUCGGGGUCCGGCCCCCGGUCAGCCGGGGUUGGCUACGCCAGCGGCAGCGAAUGCAACGACGGACUGCUAGGCCUUCACGCGUUGGCGGCCGCUCUCGACGAAGUGGAGGUCUCCCUGGAGCUCCCGAAUGGCCCGCUGCCGCUGCUGGUCCCGCUGCUGCUGGAUUCUGACGGGGUUUCGGAAGGCGACGAUGGGGAUGAAGACGGCGGCCAAGGGGACGAGGGGAGAGCGCGCGGGAGAGGGAGAGGGAGAGACGACAAGGGUGGGUUGAAUCAGGGCGAGGAGAACAAUGAGGAGGAGGAGGAGGAGGGUGGGCGCUCGGAGUGGUUAAAGCAGAGUGGGCUUUCCGUUCAGCAUGGCGCCGCUGCCGGGGCUGAGGCUGAGGCUGAGGCCGGGCCGGCAAGAACGUUCAUAGAUGGUCCAGGCUGCCGCUACCAGCAGCAGCGGCAGCAGUGGCUAUGUCGGACAAGGCGCGUUGCAAGGCGGUGGGGAAGACGGUCAUCCGCUGCGGCGGCGGGGAUGGCUGCAAGGGCUGGCGACUUCACGGGGUCUCCGAUCUGUCCGGAUCUGAACCAGGUGGUGGAAGAGGGACCCGGCACGGCAUCAGCCCGAGGUGUGGGUGCUGCUGUUGGCGGUGACGAUGCGGCAUUGCCAUGGCGUGUCAUGCUGUCGGCCCCCACGCCCCACAACCCCGAGGCCCUGGCCACGUUGCUCCUGGCCGGCAGGCUGGUCAACCCGCAGACUGCUGUGCCCGCACCGCUGCUGGCAGCAGCUGCACGAGAACAACAACAGCAGCAGCAGCAGCACCCCCACCAGCAGGUGCAGGGACAACGGCCUGACCCGCGGCAGCAGCAGCCGGCGGAGGUUCCGGUAGCGGCGGCAGGACCGGGCGACGUGGCGGCGGCUCUGGCGUUACAUGGGCGGCGGGUGUUUUCUCCGCCGCCCCAAUCUCUGAGCCGGCUGCACGGCUCAGACUGCUGGCGACCUCUAACGGUCGCGCUGCAGCCCUGGCCCGCACACCCAGUCACCCCCUCACCCUCGGGACUACGAGGGGGAGAUCGCAUCCGGGAAACAGGACCCGCAGUGCGCAGGGUGUUGCUGCGGGGGCUGCCCGGACACAUGGGAGUGGAUGACGUCAUCACGCUGUUUGGAAACGGACUUCAAUUGCCCCCCGAACACUGCGCUGCACCCCAGGAGCGGCGCUUCCUGGUGCUGUGUCCGAAUGCGGCUUCCUUCAACGCGUUGAUGGAGUGGUCGGGCACCCAGCUGCCUGAGAAGCCCCUGGACGCCCUCCAACAGAUCGUUCCCCGGGCCCUUCGCUGGUGCACUUUGCGCGUGGAGGUCCAGGAGGACGACGGGUUGGAGCUACCAGCUCUCGUGGCGCACCUGAUGGUGUCGGCGCGGCAGAGUGGCGGUGCCGCCGCCGCCACCGCUGAGGUUGCGGCGGCAACAGCCAGCCGGCAGCAGCACCCCCAACCCCAACCCCAACCCCCCCGGGUGGCGGGUCGCUUCCAUCCGGCGGACCUGGAUGCCAUGGACGGCGUGGCCAUGGAGGCGGACGCGGCGGCGGCGGCGAUGAUGAUAGCGGCGGGGGAAAACAUUUGUACGGCAUCGAGGAGCCUGGAUCAAGUGCCUAUGGCAGUCAUUCAAGGUACGACGGCGGUGCACGACCUGGCGGCGGUAAAGGCCACGGCGGCGCCUGCCGGUGUGGAUUCGUCGGGCGGUGCAGUUGGGGCGGCGAUGGCUGCAGCGGCAGACGUCCUGGGGGUUGCGGCGCCCGGCGGCAGCGGCACCAGCCAGUUCGCCGCGUCGACCGGAGCAGCGGGCGCGUUCUGGGGUCCUGGUGCCGGCGCCAGCGUCACAGGGCAUAGCGGUGGCCCCGCCGCCGCGGCCGCCGCCGCUGCGGCCGCACGUUGCGCGUGCUGUCCGCCACCGUCACUAUCCACCGGCCGCGGCGGCGGCGGCGGCGGUUGCGACGCGGAUCCCUCCAGCUGGAGCGGGCCGGCGGCGAUAGAGCUGGUUACCAAGCUGUUAGCGCUGGGCAUUGGGGGCCCGGGCGGGGGCCCCGGUGCGGAGAAAGAGGAGGAGGAAGAGCGGAUGCCCUUCUUCCGCCGCAGCCGCAAGCGCUUUCCCAUGCACUUUGGCCGCAGGCCGGAAGAGUACGAGGAGGACGAGGAGGAGGAGGAGAAGGGGCCCGGGGCUGGUGAAGAGGAGCGGCAGGGAGCUCCGCCAGAGGCAGCUCCGGCGAGGACGGCGGCGAGGACGGGGACGGCUGGGCCCGAUGCCGCGGCGGCGGCGGCGGCGACGGCGGCACAGGCCGCUACGGAAGCGGUGCCCGUGGCGGCUGCAGCAAUAUCGCCAGGAGGUGGGAAGGGUGGGAUCGUUGGAGUUACAUCAGGCCUUUAUAAAUUUGCUGUCGACAAACCAGAGAUUGUUACAGACACUCUAAAGCUAAAGACAAACAGGCUCCUGAACACGGCAGGUUCCUUCGCCCGGCCGUUCAGCAACAGCUGCGGCAUUCUUGGGUUGUAUUUCUCGGGAUUUGAGAGCUUGUACAUCUAUCAGUUGGAGCCGCUUGGCUUGCCAGACAGCGCCAGCACGUUGCUCGCGGGUUUCAGCAGCGGUGCCUUAUUCCGACUGCCCCGAGGGCCGCGGCAGGCGGUGGUUGCGGGGCUGUGCGCGAUGACACGUGUGGCGGACUUGGGCGGUCAGUGA